UAUGGUGAGAGCAAGGGUUCAGUUGUUGCUGGGAAUUCUUUUCCUGGCAUCACUUUCUGUCUCUUUCGGCAUUGUCCACCGGGAGCACCAAGAGAGCCAAGAAGAGUCUGAUUCAAGAGGACAAAAUAACCCCUUCUACUUCANCUCCNACAGGAGGUUCCACACUNUAUUCAAAAACCAAUAUGGUCAUCUUCGGGUCNNNCACAGGUUCGACCAACGCUCCAAACAAAUUCAGAAUCUUGAAAACUACCGUGUCGUAGAGUUCAAGUCCAAACCCAACACCCUCCUUCUUCCUCACCAUGCUGAUGCCGAUUUCCUCCUAGUCGUCCUUAAUGGUAGAGCCAUACUCACUUUGGUGAACCCUGACGGCAGAGACUCCUACAUUCUUGAGCAAGGCCAUGCUCAGAAAAUCCCUGCAGGAACCACUUUCUUUUUGGUUAACCCUAACGACAACGACAAUCUCAGAAUAAUCAAACUCGCCAUACCUGUUAACAACCCUCACAGAUUUCAAAACUUUUUCCUAUCUAGCACAGAAGCCCAGCAAUCCUACUUGAGAGGCUUCAGCAAGAAUAUUCUAGAGGCCUCCUUCGAUAGCGACUUCAAGGAGAUAGACAGGGUUCUAUUUGGAGAAGAGAGACAACAGCAGCAUGGGGAAGAGAGUCAGGAAGAGGGAGUGAUUGUAGAACUUAAAAGGGAACAGAUUCGGGAAUUGAUCAAACAUGCCAAAUCUAGUUCAAGGAAAGAACUCUCCUCCCAAGAUGAACCAUUCAACCUGAGAAACAGCAAUCCCAUCUACUCCAACAAAUUUGGAAGGUGGUAUGAGAUCACCCCGGAGAAAAACCCCCAACUUAAGGACUUGGACGUGUUCAUCAGUUCUGUGGAUAUGAAAGAGGGAGGCCUUCUUUUGCCACACUACAACUCUAAGGCCAUAGUGAUACUGGUGAUUAAUGAAGGAGAAGCAAAGAUUGAACUUGUUGGCCCAAGCGAUCAGCAGCAGCAAGACGAAAGCUUGGAAGUGCAGAGAUAUAGAGCUGAGUUGUCUGAAGACGAUGUAUUUGUAAUCCCAGCAGCUUAUCCAGUUGCCAUCAACGCAACCUCCAAUCUAAAUUUCUUUGCUUUCGGUAUCAAUGCUGAGAACAACCAGAGGAAUUUCCUUGCAGGUGAGAAAGACAAUGUGAUGAGCGAGAUACCUACAGAGGUUUUGGAUGUUAGCUUCCCUGCGUCUGGUAACAAGGUUGAGAAGUUGAUAAAGAAGCAGAGUGAAUCCCACUUUGUGGAUGCACAGCCUGAGCAACAGCAGAGGGAGGAAGGGCAUAAGGGAAGAAAGGGUUCAUUAUCUUCAAUUUUGGGCAGUCUCUACUGAAUAAAUUUCUAGUAAGAUACAUGUGAGAGAGCUCACAGUGAGCUUCGAAUUAACGUGUCCGACA